AUGGAUGCUGAACAUUUCACGUCGCACAAUCGAAACUUUCUCAAGAAGAAAUGCGGUGUGCUUGGGGCGACAGGCUCAGUGGGUCAACGCUUCAUUUUGUUGCUUGCUCUUCACCCGCAUUUGGUUUUGCAUGCUGUUGGGGCGUCUGAACGAUCGGCUGGGAAGAAAUACAAGGAUGCUGUCAAGUGGAAGCAGGCAUUGCCAUUCAAUGACCGAAUUGGUAAUCUAUUGGUCAAGAAAUGCGUUCCGGAAGAGUUCAAGGAGUGCGACCUGAUCUUUUCGGGCUUGGAUAGCGAUGUGGCGGGAGAUGUUGAAAUGGCCUUCUUGAAAGCAGACUUCGCAGUAUUUUCCAACGCGAAGAACUACCGCCGAGAUCCAUUGGUCCCGCUCGUCGUUCCUACCAUCAACCUCCAUCAUUUAGACGUAAUCUCACAUCAAAGGAAGCACUAUGGACUACAAAAAGGAUUUCUGGUCUGCAACUCGAAUUGCGCCGUAAUUGGCAUCGUAAUACCAUUCGCGGCCCUACAGUCGAAGUUCGGGCCUGUCGAUCAAGUUUCCGUGGUCACUAUGCAAGCCGUUUCCGGAGCUGGCUAUCCUGGCGUCAGCAGCAUGGACAUUAUCGACAAUGUGGUUCCUUUCAUUUCUGGCGAAGAGGACAAGCUUGAGACAGAAGCACAGAAGAUCUUGGGCAGUGUCAACAGUGAAAUAACUGGCUUCGUGGAUCAGCCAAUGAGGGUUUCCGCGGCGUGUAACCGCGUACCUGUUCUCGAUGGACAUACAGCUUGCGUAUCGCUCCGUUUCCAGAGGCGACCACCGCCAAGCGCGGAAGAUGUCAAGCAAGCGAUGAGAGAGUAUGUUUCUGAGGCUCAAACCCUCGGAUGCCCUUCAGCUCCGAAUAAAGCUAUUGUCGUGAUGGAUGAGCCAGAUAGGCCGCAACCUAGGUUGGAUCGCGAGACCGACAGGGGUUAUGCUGUGAGCGUCGGGCGCAUAAGGGAGGAUGAAGCGGGUAUCUUCGAUAUCAAAUUUGUUGCGCUCAGUCAUAAUACUGUUAUCGGAGCAGCGGGAUCCUCGAUAUUGAAUGCUGAAGCUGCUGUGCUGAAAGGGUUUGCAUGA